AUGGCAAAACGGUGGGAACUAUCGAGUUGGGCAAGAAAUACGGUANCGGGGUCAGAAACAACGUCCACUACGUUAGGCUGGGCAGUGAGGUACUUACUGCACAACCCCGAUGUCCAAGACAGGCUCCACAAAGAGCUUGAUCAGGUUUUUGGUCCAGAUCAAACCCCUAAACUAGACAGCAAAAAGGCGUUGCCACUACUGGAAGCUUUCAUGGCCGAAACGUUGAGAAUGUCCUCUAUUCUUCCAUUGAACAUACUCCACCGUACAACAACUGAUACCACAUUAAGGGGAUAUAAGAUUCCAAAGGGAACAAUUAUUGUACCCAACCUAUGGUCUUUGCAUCACGAUCCCUCAAUCUGGGUCAAUCCAUUUCAAUUUCGCUUGGAAAGGUACCUUGAUGGUGAAGGAAAGUUUGUGAAUCCUCCGAGUGGAACAUUCUUUCCAUUUAGCGCCGGGCGUCGUGUUUGUAUGGGAGAAGUAUUUGCGAGGUCUGAGUUGUUUCUUUUCCUUGCUGGAAUUCUUCAAAAGUUCAGGUUUGAAAAUCCUCCAAAUGCAGAGCUUCCAUCUCUUGAUGGAGGAGAGGGCGUGGUGAUGAGUUCAGAACCUUUUCAAGUUUGUGUUAUAAAAAGAGAGGGGUGAAAUAGGUAGCAGCAUGGUAGCAUGCUAGAAUAUAAGAACUGAUAUACUAUCAAUUCAUCCACGUAUCUCCACGUAUUGUAUUUGUGAUUUGUCCUUGGACUGAUUUUCAUCUCUAAGAACAUAUGGCUAUUUGACAAACGAAUACAAGUUUAAAAAUUACGUAACCCAAGUCCAAAACUUUAAGCACAGAAAAUCUUUAACCAAAUUAAGAAUUAGUUAUCACGACUUUGAAAUCAAAAGAGGACGAUUUUCAGGGGUAUCAGGCAAGAAACCUGAAGAAAGGAAGUUCUUCUACUGUCCAAACUGUGGAGGACGAGAAACACUUUCUUUUGCAAUGCCCCUUAUAUUCAAACCUUUUUGAAUAUUUUUGUUUUAUUUAUUGUAAGAUUGGUUAUUGUGAAAAAAAGAUAAUACUAUACAUUAAAAUUGGUGUACGUCUC